GGCAAAAUUGUAUCAAACUUACAUUAUGGGCCAUAUACUAAGGACUGGUGGAUCUCUCGACCUACUAAUGAUAUAAAUGAUGCAUUUCUCUGCCCAAUUCGUCUUAGUAUAAAGACAAUUACUACGAUAAACCAAUGUGAUUUUAUAGCUACAGCUUUUCUUACAAAAACUAGAUUAGAUAGUUCUUCAUUUAUGGGAUUUGAUAGUUCAGAAAUACGCAAAAUGUUACUUUCU